CCACAACUUGCUCCUAGAAUCCUGUCAGCUCAUUUCUGACCACAUAGGACCAUUCGCCCUAGUCUGUCCAGUUAAAGCUGGGCAGAGUUGUUUGAAGCAGUGAAGUCAGCUCCUCAGACUGUACCAAGAGUUUUCACCAUGAGAAGGAGUUAAGUCUUUAUAGGAAGGCAAAGACAAGAUCCAGCACAGCCUGGCCUGGAGUAUACCAAAAACUGAGAUGUGGAGUGACUCCUAACCACCUUGUCACAUCUGCCUGUGAAGGCCCCACAGCCUGUGUCCUGGGAGCUGUCGUGGAUGAUCGCCUGCAGGAUGUCCAGCCAGGACCUGAGCAUCACUGCAAAACUCAUCAAUGGAGGUAUAGCAGGUCUCGUGGGGGUGACCUGCGUGUUCCCCAUUGACCUUGCCAAAACCCGACUGCAGAACCAGCAGGGGAAAGAUGUGUACAAAGGAAUGACAGAUUGCCUGGUGAAGACUGCACGUGCCGAGGGCUUCUUAGGAAUGUACCGAGGGGCUGCAGUGAACCUCACCCUGGUCACUCCAGAAAAAGCAAUCAAGCUGGCAGCCAAUGACUUCUUGAGGCAGCUGCUCAUGCAAGAUGGGACCCAGCGGAACCUGAAGAUGGAGAUGCUGGCCGGAUGUGGGGCUGGAAUAUGCCAGGUGGUGAUCACCUGUCCCAUGGAAAUGCUCAAGAUUCAGCUGCAGGAUGCCGGCCGCUUAGCUGUCUGUCAGCAGGCUUCUGCCUCAGCCACGCCCACCUCCCGGCCCUACAGCACUGGCUCGACUUCCACCCACAGGCGCCCAUCGGCCACCCUCAUUGCCUGGGAGCUGCUCCGCACUCAGGGCCUCUCUGGUCUCUACAGGGGACUGGGUGCUACUCUCCUCAGAGACAUUCCUUUCUCCAUCAUCUACUUCCCUUUGUUUGCAAACCUGAACCAACUUGGGGUCAGCGAGCUCACUGGCAAGGCCUCCUUCACACACUCCUUUGUGGCAGGCUGUGCAGCAGGCUCUGUGUCGGCUGUAGUUGUCACCCCUCUGGAUGUUCUGAAGACUCGAAUCCAGACCCUCAAGAAAGGCCUGGGUGAGGACACCUACAGGGGAGUCACUGACUGUGCCAGGAAACUCUGGACCCAGGAGGGAGCAGCAGCUUUCAUGAAGGGAGCAGGCUGCCGUGCCCUGGUCAUAGCCCCCCUCUUCGGGAUUGCCCAGGGUGUCUACUUCAUCGGCAUCGGAGAGCGCAUCUUAAAGUGCUUUGAAUAAUUGAUGUGUUACUUCUUGCUGUCACCUCUGGCCCUAGGGAACCAGGUGGCAGUGCUUGAAGUUUAGGAUGCCCACCCUGAUGUAGUACAUGGUCUCUAACUUGUAGUGCUACCUCAGAAGAAAUGACCCAUUUUACUAAGUGAGUAGAGCCCUCGUCUCCCUUUAUAACUAAGCUUUGUGGUUCGGCCUACCAGGGAUGUUCAGAAGCCCCAACCACCUAUGUCUAACAAUAGAAUUGGCCUUGUGUAUUAUGGCAGGACCGUGUACAGUAAGACAGAGGGGCUGUUCCACACUAACAUUCCCACCGUAGGCGAGCGCAGCACAGACCCGUCCUGUGAGGGUUUACUGUUAAUGCUAGCCCUGAUGCUGUAACAGGUCAGAAGUGUGCUGGGCUGACUGUGCGCCCUCCCGAGCAUCACCCAUAGUCAGGUGAGCCUGAAUGAGCACUUGGCAGCUGUCCUGCCAGAUACCCAUCCUGAAGUGUGGGCCCAGAUCCCUCCGAAUGGAUGCUUGUGCGACAUGCUCUGAAAUAAAGCUGGUUAAAUCCUUGU